CUCUACCUCACCAAUUUCUUCGAACCUCCUCUCUCUCUUCGAAGAAGUAGAAAAAUCUUCCUUCUAGCUUGAACUGGCCCCCCACGGAGUUCUCCAUCAUGUACUGUACAUCCUGAUUGUCUAAUUACUCUUAGCGUACUCUCCUUGUCCGGUUUUGGUAUUGCGAGUUUUCGUGGUGCAGGAAGAAGUAAUUCCUUGGGUUGAUCAACUUUUCAGGUCUCGAUUCUUCAUUGGGAAAACCGUGUACGUUGUUAUAACCAAGAUGAGGAGUUUGGUAAUGAGAUGCUUCAGUUUUUGCAAGGACGGGGAUAUUGAGAGGCAAGGUCCCAAGAAUGAUGAUACUGGUUCAGAAAAAAAGAAAACAAUGAAAAUGGCAAUUGGGCAGGCCGUCAAUCACCCUUUGACGAAGAAAAUCAUUUCAAAAACGGCCAAAUUACCGGCGUGGUGCUUCCAUUACUUCCAUUGGGAUGUGGCGUUUUUAGUGGUCUGCGUAGUUGCAAUAGCAGUGGACCCUUUGUUCUUUUAUCUUCCUGUCAUCAACGAGGCUACCAAAUGCAUUGCUAUAGAUACCAUUUUGAAAAUCAAUGUUAUUUGUGUGCGAUCGUUCCUGGAUUUGAUUGCUCUUGGGGAUCUGGUUGCAAGAAAAAUAAAUAAUUGCCCUGACAUGAAGCGUUCAGACUACGUGAUUAACAUUCUCAGCAUUCUUCCAGUCCACCAGGUGUUAAUGCCAAUUAUAUUUUCAGAAAUGAGAACUUCAAAAAUCGAGAACAAAAGGAAAUUCCUAAAUGCAGUUGUUCUUUUGCAAUAUGUGCCAAGAAUUUUCCGUAUCUACAGAUUGUGGAAAAUAGUCAACGAGACCAUCAUCCUACGGAAAAGAAGUACUAAAGAGAAUGUAGAAAGCUACAAGAAUCUGAUCCCACCCAAAGGUUUUGUAGUGAUGAAAGCUGGAUUCAACCUUUUACUGUAUCUUGUUGCCAGUCAUGCACUGGGUGCCUGUUGGUACUUCUUCUCCAUCCAACGAGAGACCACGUGCUGGUACAAGCUGGCCUGUGAGCGUGAUAUUAAUGAAUGUAGCAAGGGUAUUUCUUUAGACUGUGGUACUAGUGGUUUUGGAAAUUACACGUUUUUAAAUGACUUCUGCUCUAUAGAAAACCCAAAUACCACUCUCUUUGAUUUUGGAAUAUUCGAAGAUGCCCGUCAAUCUGGUAUACUAUCGUCCAUGGACUUUCCGCGAAAGACCAUGUUUUGUUUCUGGUGGGGCCUGCGAAAUUUGAGUUCACUUGGUCAAAACCUUCAAACAAGUACUUAUUAUUGGGAAAACUGCUUCACAGUUCUUAUUUCGAUCUUUGGCUUGCUUCUGUUUUUAUACUUUAUCGGAAAUCUUCAGAUAUACAUGCAGUGGGAUGCAUCUAACGAGUUGGAUGAGAUCAAAUCUAAGUGGUUGAAAAACAAGGAGGAAAAAUUAAGUACCAUCAAGAAUUGGAUAAGCACUAUGGUCAAAACUGAUCACGAGUUAAAAAAGAAGAUCAUGGACUAUGUGACACCAAAACUGGAAGAUCAAAACAAUGCUUUUGAUACAGAGAAUCCAUUCCCUCAUUUUUCCGAAGAGAUUAAAAGACUGAUUAAGAUCAAUCUCUGCUUGCCCCUGCUAAGAAGAGUGCCAAUAUUCCAAAACGUAAGUGAAGAAUUGUUGUAUAAGCGUCUCAAGCAUGUGCAGUAUAAACAGAACCGUCUAAUUGUUGGGGAGGGAAAAUCACUGAAUGAGAUGAUUUUCGUAGUAAAAGGAAUUGUGUGUACGUGUACAAGUAAUCAUGAUUAUGAAACUGAGUGUCCUGAUAAAUGUGAAAUCAUCGGAGAAAAUCUUGUACAAUGGGUGCUGGCAUCUCCCAAACAAUCCAACCCUCCCUCGUCGGAAAAGAAUUUCAGAUGUCUGACAAAAGUUGAAGCUUUUCGUCUUACGGCUAGAGACCUCAAUGAUAUAUUUCAGCCACAUCCAUCCAAAGAGUGUGGCGGCGACUCAACCACUCCAUCCAUCCCGUACUUCAAAAAGAUACCAAGAAAGGUUUGGAAGAGAAAUGGAAGAAUCGAGAAAAGCACAAAGAGCGAGGUGUGCAAGAAUUUUAAGCUGAGUGGUAGUCGGCUCGAGAUAUCCUAUCAUCCAAUGGAGAGGAUGGCAGUAAACUUCGCAACUGCAGAUUGGUUUCCAAUGGGGGAAUUGGCCAGGGAACGUUAUGCUCUUCUUAAGAAGAUUCCAAUAAUAUCAUACGAGGAACCCCUUUGUAAUGAAGCAAUGCUUUUACUCAUGUCUUCGAAACAAGACAAUUUUGGUGAUCCAUCCACAGAUGUAGUCUCUCAGCGUGCUAUCAAGAUUUCUUUUGUACGCCUCAUAAGGCAGCAUAAGCAGGCGCUUCAUCGCAUAAAAGCAUCAUCUAAUGCUUUUUCCCCACAUGCUCAAGGAACUCUCUUAUGCGGCCAUUGCAAGCGUGACUGUUACUUGGCAUACAACAUGUGCAACUUCUGCAACUCUGAUCCUUUUUGCCUUUUUCAUGGGCGGCCUGAGUACCUUCAAGCUGGGCUCCUCGUGCGCUGCACCUGGUGCGCUCUGCAGUCUGCACCAUGUGCGCGACGCAGCUGCUGCUGGUGUGCGAAGCACCUGGUGCGAGCCGCAACAGGUGCGCUGCAGCACCUCUUGCGCAGCCGCACCAGGUGCGCUGCUGCACCUCAGCGGCUUCUCCGUGGGGAGCAGUGGUGCGCGCAGCACCUCUGUGCUGCGCAGGUGGUGCGCGCAGCACCCCUGCACUGGGAGGGUGGAGCGCGCGGCACCAGUGCGCUUCGCAGCACCACGCUUCCGACUGCACCACAGGGUGCUCGCAGCACCAUGGCGGUGCGUCCUCUCUCCGCUUCUUACUGGUCCGCGCUGCACCUCGUGCAGGUGGGUUGUCUGGGACAGCCAUGCAAGCUUGCACCGACCAUCAGCCAUCAACGCACAUCACGCCUGCAGAAACUUGGACAGCACAGCGUUGUGGUGGUGGACUCAGCACCUGGCAGCACCCAAACGGUGCGCGACGUUACACCUAGAUCGCGUGGAUCUUGCUGUCGCGCAGCACCUUCUGGUGUUGCUCAUCGCGCAGCACAACUUGCGGCGUUUUGUGUGGCUUGUGCUGCUCGUAGCGAGCGGCAUGGAAAGUGAGAUCUCACUGUGCCCAUCUGGGCAGCGUGCAUCGGUGCGCAUUGUCCCAUGAACCAGUACGAACCACCUCUCAUGGUGGUAUGGUCAGAAUCACUUCAUGCACUCGGGAAAAAAAUUUUCAACAUGCAGUGCAUUUCAAACAGAUUUUAUCAAACAAACAAUGCCAGCAAAAUUUAAAUCGGGAACAACCGAUCUUGCUCUGAAACUAAUGUUACAAAUAUUAGAUCAAAGUACAUGACGGAAGCAAUAUUACUUCUUUAAAAA